AUGUGUACAGACGCAGUACCACCUCCUCAGCACGAGAUCCCGUCGGGAGACACGAUCAAGGUCAGCAUGAUCAACACGGUCAACUUUGGCCCCGGAAACGUCGCCAAGCUCAUGGGCCCUCCCGUUCCCUACGUCGAGCACUUUGGAACGAGCCCAGCCCUGUCCUUCCUCCUCGAGCACAGCUCUGGCCGCAAGCUCGUGUUUGACCUUGGCGUGCGCAAAGACUAUCUCAACCUCGCUCCCAAGAUCUCCAACUACAUUCCCACCACGCCUUACAAAUUCGAUGUUACGCAAGACGUCAUCGAGGUCUUGGAGGAGAAUGGUAUCAAGGGAGAGGAUAUCGAGGCCGUGAUAUGGAGCCACUACCACUGGGAUCAUAUCGGCAACCCUUCGCUGGGCCGGAACCUCCGCGAGAUUAACUGCACGGGCGAAGGGUCGCUCAAGAUUGGCAAGUUUGACGCCUUUGACUAUUUCGGCGACGGCUCCUUUUACCUCCUCGACACCCCCGGCCACGCCGUGGGCCAUCUCAACGGCCUCGCGCGCACCACAAAGAACCCCGACACCUUUGUCUGGCUCGGCGGCGACAUUGCCCAUUACGGCGGCGAGUACCGCCCCUCCCAGUACCUGCCUAUCCCGGACGGCGCCAUCGAGCCGCACACCGGCUUCGUCCCCAAGCACAAGCCCUUUUGCCCCGGCGAGGAGUUUGCCAAGCUCCAAGAGUCGCGCGGCAGGAAGCCCAACGAGCCCCUGUACGAAGUCCGCUUCGGCACGGACCCUGUCCUGGCCAUGAAGACCAUCGGGCACAUGCAAGAGUUUGACGUCAACGACAGCAUCUUUGUCAUUAUUGCGCACGAUCGCGACGUGCGCGACUUGGUUCCCCAUUUCCCGGCGCAGCUCAACGAUUGGAAGGAGCAAGGGUAUGCCAAGAAGCUCAAGUGGGCGUUUUUGAGGGAUCUGGACGCGUAUUGGAAAUCUGUAAAUGCCAUUUGA